CUGCCAAACCUGAUGGUGUGGCUAAAGUUAGCCCCCUGGAGCUAAUAUAUAAGGCCCCGAGGGGCUAAUACAUACAUGUCAGUCACAUCGGCUUGGCGUAGGCUUCUCUUCUUGACCACCAACAACCCCACAAACUUGAGAGAUGGCACCCAAGAAGGCCAAGAGGAGGCAGCAGCAGGGUGAGGGUGGAUCCUCCAAUGUGUUCUCCAUGUUCGAGCAGAGCCAGAUCCAGGAGUACAAGGAGGCUUUCACAAUCAUCGACCAGAACAGAGAUGGCAUCAUCAGCAAGGACGACCUCAGGGACGUGCUGGCCACCAUGGGCCAACUGAAUGUGAAGAAUGAGGAGCUGGAGGCCAUGGUGAAGGAAGCCAGCGGCCCCAUCAACUUCACCGUCUUCCUGACCAUGUUCGGCGAGAAGCUGAAGGGUGCUGAUCCCGAGGACGUCAUCGUGAGUGCUUUCAAAGUCCUGGACCCUGAGGGAACCGGCUCCAUUAAGAAGGAAUUUCUUGAGGAGCUCCUGACCACCCAGUGCGACAGGUUCACCGCUGAGGAGAUGACCAACUUGUGGGCUGCCUUCCCCCCUGAUGUGGCUGGCAAUGUCGACUACAAGAACAUCUGCUACGUCAUCACACACGGAGAGGACAAGGAGGAGUAAAUCCUUCCCUCUCACGAUCCAUCCAAACCCACACUCGUGCCAGCAUUCUCCAUCCAGUCCUGUCCAACGCCAUGACUUCCUCGCACACACUCGCGCCCGCACGCCUGCUGUUCCCACUCGCCGUCUCAGUAAUGAAAAGACUUCUCUCCCAGAUGCUCGGUGAGAGGACCGGGGGGCUGUGGGGGCGUUUGUGCGCGACCAACAGGGGGAACACGGGAUUAUUUUCAAUAAAAAUAAUCUUGUGACACACAAACACUAUCUCUUUCCCUGCCUUUCGUUCCUCCACCUUUCCCCCACCCGUCACUCAUUCUGUUUGUCCGUGUUGAGGCAUGCAUCAUACCUACACGUAUAGCCUGUGCAGUCCGGUGAUCACAGUGGUCGGUCCAUAAUUCUCUUGGGUGCUGUGAUGCAUGCGCGGUUGUUGGCUUGAAACAAGUGAGCAAUCAGAUCAACCUGACACAGAUUGUUUAAUGGAGUUUUUCCCUCCCCUGGAGGGGAUUGUACAGGAAAAGAGGAUGCGUACUGAACUAUAAUAGUUUGUGUACCCUCCUCUUUUCAUCCUAAUGUGGGAUUGACUUAGAGACAGAGAAAGAGAUGGUUAAAAUCGUUGAGUGGGGGGAGGAAAAAACGCAAAACAAAAGAGAAAAAAAGUCUUUGUCUUCUUUUUCCCUCUCGCCACUGUUUCUCCUGUUGUUGUGACUGUGUCUCCACUGUAACAAAUAAAGAAGUACAAAUAAAA